AGAGGGAAAAGAAGAGAGUAGGAAGGAGGAAGAAGAGGGAGAAGAGAAGAAGAAGAAGAAGAGGAGGUGGCUGCAGCGAGGAGCUGUGGGGCGUGGGGAGAAGAAGAGAGGAAGAAGAGGGAGAAGAGAAGAAGAAGAAGAAGAAGAAGAAGAAGAAGAAGAGAGGAGGAUAGCUGCGGCAAGGCUGCAGCGAGGAGGUGUGUGGCUUUGGGGAGGAAAAGGGAAGAGGAGAAGAAGAGAAGGAGAAGAAGAGGGAAAAGAGAGGCAGCUGCAGCAGCCAGGGCUGCAGCACCUCUGUUUCCCGCAGGUGGAAACAGAGGAGAGGAUGUGUGGGGCGUUGAGGAUGAAAAGGGAAGAAGAAGAAGAAGAAGAUAGCUGCGGCAAGGCUGCAGCGAGGAGAUGUGUGGCCUUGGGGAGGAAAAGGGAAGAGGGGAAGAGGAGAAGAAGAAGAAGAGGAAGAGAAAGAGGUGUGAUACCUCUGUUUCCUGCAGAGGAAACAGAGGAGAGGGUGUGUGUGACGCCGGGGAAGAAGGGGCUGCAGCUGCGGCGAUGGCAGCUGCAGCUGGAAGAGAAGAAGAAGAGGAAGAUGAGCAGGGGAGGAGGGAGAGGUUGCGGCCGUGGCUGCGGCCGCGACUGCAGCAGUUGCAGCGGGGAGAGAAGAAGAAGAAAGGAAGGAGAAGGAAGAGGAGAAGGGAAAGAAGUAGCUGCGGCUGCGGUUGUGGCAGCUGCAGCUAUGGCAGGGAAAGAGGAAGAGAAAAAGGAAAGGAAGAAGAAGAGAAAGGGAAGGAGAGGAAGAAGAGAGGAAGAGGAGAAGGGGCUGCGACUGCGGCGAUGGCAGCUGCAGCUGUGGCAGGGAAAGAGAAAAAGGAAAGGAAGAAGAAGAGAAAGGGAAGGAGAGGAAGAAGAGAGGAAGAGGAGAAGGGGCUGCGGCUGCGGCGAUGACAGCUGCAGCUGUGGCAGGGAAAGAGAAAAAGGAAAGGAAGAAGAAGAGAAAGGGAAGGAGAGGAAGAAGAGAGGAAGAGGAGAAGGGGCUGCGGCUGCGGUGAUGGCAGCUGCAGCUGUGGCUGGGAAAGAAGAGGGAAAGGAAGAAGAAGAGAAAGGGAAGGAGAGGAAGAAGAGAGGAAGAGGAGAAGGGGUGGCAGCUGCGACAGUGGCAACUGCAGUUGGAAGAGAAGUAGGAGAGGAAAUAGAGUAGCAGAGGAAGAAGAGGCUGCGGUUGUGGUGGCUACGGCCAUGGCUGCGACUGCGACUGCGGCAGUUGCAGCUGGGAAAGAAAGGAAAGGAAAGGGGGAAAAAGGGGCUGCGGACGGGAUUGCGGUCGCAGCGGCAGCGACUGCGUAUGCAGCAGUUAUGUCUGCGAGAGAAGGGAGGAAGGAAGGUAGUGCGGUGGAAGGGGCUGCGAUUGUGGCAGCGGCAGCGGCGGCGGUUGUGGCAGCUGCGUUUGGGAAAGAAAAAGAAGGAAUGAGAGUAAGAGAAAGCAGGUGACUGUGCCUCGAUGUUCGACACGUGGUGUAGUUGCGAAGAAAGGAAGAAAACGGGAGCACAAAACGAAACAGAGAGAGGACACGGAGGAAAAGUAGAAGGAUUUGGGCUAGCACCUUCUUUGGAUCUUCGGAUCGAAAUCCUUGAAAGGUCAGCUUGUCACUCUUCGAGAUGUUUGAUUUGGGCUGAGGCAGUGGAUAGCUAUUCAGAAUUAUGGGCAAGUCUUGUUGGUUGUUAUGCUAUUGUUGUAUAAGUAUGUUUUGUAUGUAAUGAAAUGUUGUCGAUGAACCGAAAUGGAUAUACUGUGUCAAAGUGUUAGGAGAUCUCUCUUAUUUGGAAUUUCUGAAUGUUAAGCCUAAUUUAUAAUGAUAUGAACUUGUGGUGAA